CAAACUAUUAUUUUCCGACGCGGAGCCCCCGGACUGUGUGCUGUGGUGUUUUGGUGUUGUGUGAGCUGGGAAUUGCAUUGUGAGGACGGCUCAAGUAGUCUACCAUUCAGCAGGCAAGUUUGGCCGAGAUAAGUUGCAUUGAAGCGUGUGUUCCGUGGCGAGUUUGUUGUGUUUUUUUUCUACUAUUACUACUCUCCGUGUACCUUCUGUUGAGUGUCGAGUUGUUUAUUUUUAUUUCGGCUGUGAUCCUACUCGUGUGCAGUCGUUGCCGUCCGUUUGCAUUUCGUGAGUUUUUCGUGUGGAGAUUAUCGAGCGGCAGCUGAAGCUCUGACGCCGUAAAGUGCAGCCAGCGUGUGGUGAGUUGAAGCUUAGCGCGACCCGGCUGACUCGUGCCUUACUACUCUUGAAGUGUCGCUCUAGCGAGCAAGUUGCGCCCUGUUUUUCCGUCCGUCUACGGGAGGUGAAGAAACAAGAAUUGAUAUUGUUAACUCCCGACUGUCCCCGUAACCUAUUUAUAUACUCAUCGUGUCAUCCCUAAGUUAUUCUAGUUCAAUAGUUAUUUAAACUUACAUACACACUAAGCACACACUUACUCACAAUGAAGCAACUACUAGUGAUAUGCAGCUUGCUGGGGGCGAUGGCGCUCGCAAUUCCGGUUCCGGAACCAAAUCCGGAUCCCGCACCUGCACAGGAACCAAAGACCGAUAUCGAACUGAUGAAGAUCCCGCUGGAGGGCGAUAAGGAACUCGACGUGAUAACUCUGGUCAAUUCGGACGAUCAGAAGAUCAACGAACGAAACAAACGAACCAUCGGCAUCUUGAGGGAACUUUUUCCAACCAUCUCGCAGAUCACCAGCAACAACGACAACUUGAACACGCUGGAAUCGCUGGAUCUGGCCGGCCUGAGCGAUACGCUAAACGCCAUCCGGGUGGCCCGAGCAGUCGAAGAUACGAAGAGUCUGACCGACGACCAGAACGGUGCCGAAUCGCAAUCGUCCGCCGGCAAGAGCUCGGCCCUCGAUGAACUGACGCUGGACUCCGAGGGCGCCGACGAGGAUCGUAAUAAGAGAUUCCUAUCCUUUGGCGGUUCCUCGGGAGGAGCUGGAGGCUCGGGUAACUUCCUUUUUGACAUCAUCCGUCAAACCGCUGACCGGGCCGCCCGAGCUGCCGGAACCGUGUACCGGGUGGUUGCCGGAACGGACACCCUGACCCCAAUACCAGUGACAACCAAGGGAACAAGUGGUAGUGGAAGUAGUAGUAGUAGUAGUAGUGCCAAGACCUCGACGACUAAGACGACUGCCGAAAACUCUGCGAGAUCGACGACGAGCGCCCGAUCGCUCGGCCCAAGCUCUUUCUCCUUCACCAACACCGCUAGCUCUAGUCACUCUGCGCUUGUCUCGGGCAGUUCCGGAACCGAACAGAGCGACGAGAAGGCCAACGCCCCGGAUGAUGACCACGAACUGGGCAAGGGAGACGGCUACACCGAAGGCAUUCCCGGACCGGUAACCCGCCUGUUCGUGCUGGCCAACCGUGGUCUGUCGAAUCUGAUUCAGGAUUUGAUUCUGCGAAUCGCUCAAACCAGUGAACGAGUGGUGAACUUCAAAGCACGUCUGAUUACGUCACUGAUCUAAGUGUGGAAACAAGAGAAGUAACGCUAGUGAAGGACGAAACUUGCAGUAGAAGACUCCCAUAUCCUGUGCGUCCACCGGAGAUUGAACGAAACUCCGGCCAUCCCGUCCAGAUUUCCCCUCACAUCUGUACAGAGCAACGAAGCCCAGAAACCUUUUCCCGGGACCACCAAUUCCAACUUUAGUAUCAAUUUUUUGUGUUCUAGUAUGUGUUCUAUCCAUCAAGCGCGAAUUUUCAACUUAGGCCUCAAUUCUGCGUACGUGAAGUCUGACGAGCGCUCGAUUUGUUUGUAAAUACCGAUUCAAAAGAGUAUCAAAUGCAGUAGCACAAUAUCAACGGAAGACAUCUAGUGAGAAGUAGCGCAAAUCAGACUCUCCAACUGCCACUAUUGCCGAUCUGUGCUCUCAUUUGUUACAAACAUCUCAUCUCAAAAUCCUGUUUUCAUCGCAAACUCAUCACUCGACUAUGAUAGAAGGCACCUUUUGUUUACCUCACGAUAAUAAAAAAAAAUCUACUUCUCAGUUGUCAUACGAUUGCUCAAAACAAGGUUGUGUGUACUAACCAUUUUUAUUUCUUGUUAAACACCUUUAAGUCAAUUUUACUAAUCAAUAUUUACCUGUUAGAGUACCUUUACUAUGCUCAUCUCAAUUUGCUCAAUUUCUUUUCUAUUUGGAUAUUUUUAUGGAAAUGUAGACAAACGAACUCGCUCUUUCCAAAUUUAUUCUCUAUCUAUUUCCUAUUCUAAACGACAGCUAGAGUAACUUUCUUUACGACUCUUUAGAAUAUAAUAAAAUGACUCUCUUUUUGCCGUUUGCUCCGUACUGCUUUCGUUGAUCGAACAAGUAAACAUCUAUCGUUCUCCUUUUUGUAAUUAUUGAACUUCAACUUUUCAACUUUUAUUCAAGGUAGCAGCAUGAUUGAGAGAGAAUGUAAGCAAACCAACCUAUAAUUUUAAGAGAGAUAGGGUGUAGGAGAGAUUAAGAGCUUUUUAAAUUAACGGAAGUCCCUAAAUGGAGACACAAAAAAAACACGUUUAGUUAAAAAAUGAAACCAGUCCGUGGAACUGUUCUUCGAACAAAUCUUUUGUAAAUAGGUUUAUACUUCAAUUUUCCAACUCUCUUUGCUUAUCUGUUGCGAAAUUCAACGAAUCAUCCAUUGUGCAUUUUUUUUAUUUGUUUUGGUAAGGAAUGAACAAAAAUUUCUACGUCGCCAGCCAAUUGCCUCUUUUCCUCUUUUCUCUACUUCGCUUUCUCUAUUAUUUUCGUAAAAAAUAUAGGCAGAAGGAAUAAAUUGUUAAACAAUCUUUGUAGGUUAGGAAACACGGUAAAUCAUCAGAAGACGGAAGAAAAAAAAAAUAAACGGAUAGGCAUAAACAAACAGCAAAUGAUAAGGUUUUUGUUAACUAUCCAGUGUUAUUUUAUUAAUUUAAAAAGGAAUCAAGAACCUGUCAAAAACCAUCUUCCUGUGAAUCAGAACUUCAGGCAAAGUAAGGAUAAAAAAUUCUAAACGAAGAAAACUGAUCGAUGAUUUAAAAAAAAACAAAUUUCUACAAAACAUUCAACAGUGAAAAUUAUAUGAAUAAAACGAUUAUGUAUUUAUAAAAA